AGUUAAGCCUGAUUCUUAUUGUGUGCAGCACAGCCUGUUUUUGUUGUGCAACGUGGCUGAGGGAGAACCAAGGAGUGGUGUAUGAAUCCAUGCACAUGUUAGACAUAGUUUAUGUUUGAUUUAUAAGAAGAAUAGAAGGAACAUGGGAAAUGUAUGGGAGUAAGACCGGUGUUGGCUUCAUCACCGUGGACCAAGAGAAGCCAGCAGCAGGGACAAAAAGAAGACAGGUGGGAAGAGUGAGGAGCCUUAGUAUUGAGUGUGGCUGCUGAACAGCCAUAGGCCUGACUCGAUCUGUGUGAGUCGGCUAUGCUAUAAGAUGGCAUCCAGCUCUGUGUUCCUGUCUAGUAUGGUGGGUAAAGCUCGCUCCUCCAACUUCACCCUCUCUGAGAAGCUGGACCUGUUGAAGCUGGUCCGUCCUCACAUCCGCAUCCUGGAGGAGCACACCAACAAGCACGCAGUCAUCGUGGACAAGAACAAGUGCUGGGACACCGUGGCUGAGCAAUACAACGGCUUGGGAGGGGACCGACCCCAUCGCACCGCUCAGGGCCUCAGGACCCUCUACAAGAGGCUGAAGGAGUCGGCCAAGCAGGAAGUGAUGCAGCGGAGACACGCCCAGCCAGAGUACAGAGCGAGCAUCUCUGAGCCAACCAGGAGAAUCAUGGAGAUGAUCCCUCACCUGUUUCACCACGUGCCCAUCCAUGAAAAGGACCAGGCACUUCGCAGAUUAAUAUACAGCAAGCACAACUCUCCCGUCGAACAUCCUGGCAGCAGCUCCUCUCUGGCUGGACUCCAGGAUUACUCAGCAGCUGUCCCAAGUAUCCCCCAUGAGGUGGUACAGCUGGACCCUGAAGAGGAUGUUAAACCACCGCCAAACCUCCCCAUCCUCUCCGCACACACAGAACCAGGGCUGGACGGUGUCCAGGAGCGGGAGGAGGAGGAGGAGGAGGAGGACCAGGAGGACUUGGGCAGCAUUCAGGAUUUUGAAGCAUCGCUGUCUCCCGUCCCCUCCUCCGUAAACAUCGCCCUCUCCGCCUCGCCGCUGCCGUUAGGCCACGACCUCUACCCCAACGACAUCUACCCUCACCACGAGCCCGACAGGUUUCGCCCUCUGCACCUUGCCAAAGAGGAGCACGAGAUGGUGGUGGCCAAUCACAGGAAGGUUGCCAUAUACCUGGAGGAGAAGAGGGAGGGGCUGAAGAGGAAACAGGACCUGGAGGAGGAACUGCUGAGAGCCAAGAUCAAAGUGGAGAAACUAAAGGCUGCUCGCCUGAGAAACGGACUGCCAAUUCCUCUAUAAAGAGCACGAACGCGCACAUCUGUGUCCAGCGUCAGACGGGGAGAGGCUCUGAGGACAUUAAAGUGUGGAGGAGAAGCUGAUCACACAUCAGUUUCAUGUUUGAGAACUUGAAUUUCUUUUGGAAACAUAGUGCCUCGUACAGACACUGAAAGCCUAUUUGCAUAUAGCAGGAUAAGGCGCGCUUGUGUUGCCAUCAGUCUGUGUUUAUACCUGUCCGUGUUAUAAAUGUAUCGUUGUUACUCUUAUUGACAGAACUGACCGUGUAAAUGCUCUCAUUACAAACACUGUGACUGGCCAAAGUAGAUUAAGUAAAUGUGAACGUCCAGCUAUUUGGAGGGGAAUGUCUGUAGUGAUGAGUGGCUUGUACCACGAUGGUGCUUCUCCUGCUUAGAUGUACGACCAAUAUGCAUCUAUGGGAAUUUUAUUAUAGUGUGGAUGAUCUUCCAGCAUUUACUGUAAUGAUAUACUGGAGUGUGAGAGUCUGCCCAGAUCCCAUCAGGGGGAUUAUUUGUGCUCUUUUAAUUCUUUGUAAAAAAAUAAAUUUAAAUUCAGUAAAAAUCCGAUGUGAUAAACUAAAAAAAGCAUUUCUUCUUCGUAUUCAUAGGUAAACAAACUAGGGCACUUAAUCAAAGUACUGUAGGUGGGACAUGUAGAAGAAGCGCUCCAAUCGAACAGUUCCACUCUUAUUGUGUAGAACUGAGAGAUAUUCCGAUACCCGGGGUUGAAGCACAAGUCAAACUGUCGAAGGCCUUAAUCACAAGAUGCUCAUGAUUACAAAUCCUGUUAUUGAAUUUACAUGAAGUGUAAAAGUGUUAAAGUCUGAUAUUCACUCUGGUUGCUGGCAGAUGUGGACUUUGUUUUUGCGAUGUUAUUGUUAUUUAAUGUAUGUGACUACAACAUUGAUUGUAUUUCAACGUUCGUAUACGUGUGUAUGUUUCUUUUACACUUUGUCCGUAUGUUAACUUUUUUUCUAUUAAAACAAUAAUUAAAUUUGCUGUUUUUUGUGUAUUAGAUGUGAAACAGGCAUCCACUCAUGAACUCAGCUGAGGAAGAUGGAUUUUCUUUUUUCUUAAGUUCCUGGUAUUUGUGUCGGCUCGGUGCAGCACUGACACUGCUGGUGAGGUACGUAUUUGAUAUCUUUGGUGGUUUUUCACUAUGUUGUAUGUUUUUGUGUUGCAGGAGUGGAUGGAUACCCUCCGUUGAC